AUGCCGCCAUCGGGCCAGAGAGCCCAGGAGUGGAUGUGGCCUCAGCAGAGCCUGCUGGUGACAGGAGCCCCUCAUGUUUGGUGCCAUCUCCUGGAUGCUUGGGAGACGGGUCCCUCUGCACCUGCCCUCAACCCCCUGCCACAGCCCCAGAGGUCCCUCUGAGACCGGAGCCACCAGGCAACCUGGAAGUCACACUGCCCCACCCAGCAUGCAUCCCUACAGAAGAGGGGACAAAGGGCGAGCCUGUCACCUCAGGGUUGGCCCUGCCUGUGCCAGCCCAGACCCUACGCAAGAGUUCCUCUGUCUGGAGGACCCGCUACCACAUCACCGUCACCCUGCAGGAGUGCAGACAGGCAGCUGGGGAGGACAGAGAGGAGCCCAAACCGGCUGGACCAGCUCCCCACCCCUGCGGCCCUGAGGAAUCCAGGGGCUGGCAGGAACCUCCCCAGGGGCCCCGCCCCAUCACGGGGUACUCUACCGACACGCCCCAGGAGCCCCGGCCAAGAGCCCCACCACGUCAGGGGAGCACUGCCCAGAGAGAGGAGCUCCAGGCCAGCCGGACGCCUGGGUCCCCGCACACACAGGAGCUGGACCACAGCGAGCCGAGGACGCCUCAGGACAGAUCUCUGGGGCCCGACAUGGAGGAGGCAGGUGGGCCCCCCACUCGGGCUGAGGCCCGAGUGGUGAGCGCCACCCUGAUGUGGCGGCAGCGGCCCCCUGCCCAGGAAGAGAUCAGACACCAGUUUCAUAAGGUGUCCCUGGUGUCAGCGGCCCGGAUGGAAGCCGACCGGGAGGACCUGUACAGCUACCGUCGGGAGGAGAUCAAUGGCUUUGAUGUCUGGGAGGAAGAAACUGUGAAUUACCAGGGCCCCCGGGAAGGGCCUGGCUCCAGGAACUUUGAGAGCCACGAGCCCAUCUAUUCCAAGAAGUACACACCACUCACUAAGGAGAAAAGGCCAGCAGGGAGGCCGAAGGAGCUCUUGGACCAGGGUGAUGGCAGCCCCCAGGACCCUAGGACUCAGACCCCGAGCCUGGGAGCCAUGGCCAAGACUGAGCUUUUGGUGCCUCUGCAUGGGCCCCGGGAGCCCAGCCCCCACCCAGGCGUGAGUCUCCUCAGUGGGAGCCGCCGCGAGGUGCGGCAGGUGACACGCACUGUGCGGACCACCACGGUGUUGGGGGGCCAUGUGGACCGGCGGGUGAGCAGCUCUGUGACUGUGGGGUCCACAUCGGGAGAGGCCCUGCCAAGGGGCCGCAACACUGUCCGCACGGUGCGGACGGUGGUCGUGAGCCCCCGGGCUGAGGGCUCGCCCAGCCACAGUCAGGCCGUGGAGCUGCUAAGUAGCCUCAUGCCUGCUGAGCGCAGCUCCCCUUCCAGCUGGCUUUCCCGGCCCAUGGCUGGCCUGCCAAGGAGUCCGGGUCUAGGCAGCACAGCAGGAGCCGUCCUGGGGCAACUGGCUGAGACGGGGACAGCAGAGCCAAAGGACAGAUCUGCCCCGGCCCCUGUGGGGAUCCUGGAGGGUGGCCACCCACCUGAGGCUCAGGAUGCCCUUACCGCCCACCCAGACCAAGACCAGGGCAGAGCCCUGGAUGCCAGGGCCCAUGAGACCCCAAGGGUGCAGGGAGGAUCAAGCUCCACCCAGCUCCAUCACCAGACCUCUCAGGACCACAAACCCAUACCCUCCUCGCCCAGACUUCAGACCUGUAACUCUUCCCUGGACCCAGUUCCCCUCCCAGAGCAGCCUGUGGUAUCCACUCACCCCAGGACCCAGUUGACUGUUGAGCCUCGGGCACUCCAGACCCUGCCCUCUAUUAAAAGGGAAGGACUCACAGAUUCCCCUGCUACCACCAUCCUGCCCAUGGUGAAGAUUGAGGUUGUUACAGCUCCUGAACAACCUCUUGCUCCAUCCUCUAUAAGAAAGAAGGCUGUCUCCAGCCUAAGAGGUCUUUUUGAUCCAUCUUCCCCACGGAAUAAGGUUUUUCAGGACUCUGAAAAUGUCCCUAUCGUCUCUCCUACUCGGAAAGAGAUAGUACAGGGCCCUGCUGACCCAACCUCCACUCAAAAAGAGGUUGUCCAGGCUCCUGCUGUUCUCCCUGCCCCCUCCUCCUCAGUGGACAAGGAAUCUCUCAGCCCAGAAGGCCCCUCUGCCACAGUGCUGAUGGGAGCAGAGGGCAGCCUGGGGCCCCAGCUUGCCCCUGACUCCACUGAGGGCAAGAUGCUCUCUGAGUCAUCGAGGGAGAAGGAAGAGGCAGACCUGACUCCUGACCUGGAGAUUUUCUUGGAUACCCUGCCUGAUGCUCUUACUGCCUCAUCCCCCAAACCAACCAAGGUCGUCCAGUGCACCGAGAGCAGCCCUAGCACUCCCAAAGAGGUUAUCCAGGAUACUGAAGGUAGCCUGGCCACUCCCCUCACCAAGGAAAAGAUGGUUCAAGAUCUGCCUGCUCCUGUUAGCCCAUCUCCCAAACAGGAUAAGGUUGUUCAGGGCUCCAAAGGGAGCCCCAUCUCAUCUCCCUCUCAAAAAGAGGAUGUGCAGGCUCCUGCUAUUCUCCCUGUCCCCUCCUCAGUGGACAAGAUGUCUCCCAGCCCAGGAGAUCCCUCUGCCCCCGUGUCAAUGGGAACAGAGACCAACCUGGGGCCCCAGUCUGUCCCUGACUCCAGUGAGGGCAAGACUCCUUCAGGGCCAUCAGUGGAGGAGGAGGAGGGGGCUCUGACCGCUGACCUGGAGAUGUUCCUGGACACCCUUCGGAGCAUGGAGACCCCAGAGAUCCUCCGCACUCACCGACUGCCCCGGGCUCCCCGCUCCUCCUACCUGGCCAUGUACGCCACACUGCCCGCCAUCGAAGAGGAUCAGUCCGGGCCAUGGGUGUUGGGACCUGGUCCCCAGGAGGUGCCCUCACUGGAAGAGAAGGAGGAGGAGGAGGUGGAAGAGAAGGAGGAAGAAAUCGAGAACCCCUACCUAAGCCACGAGGAGAAGCUGCAGCACAAGCAGGAGAAAGCUGAGCCCAGCCUCCCCUGGGAGUCCUGCUCUGCCAGGCCCCCCCAGGUCUCCAGCUCCCCUCUGGAGAUGAUGAAGAAGCAUGUAGCAGGUUCCAAGGGCUCCCACCCAGAGCUGGGGUUGGAGUGGCAAGCCGGCAGCAGGCCCCUGUCCCGCCUUGGAAGCAGUCUUCUCUUUGGCAGUCUGAUGUCUGGCACCAAGGAGACAUCCACCUUGGAACCUCUGGGCACAAAACUCUCCACGCUGCCGCCCCACAAGUCACCAGGGCUCAGGAAGGCACCAGGACAACUGCCUCUGCUCUGCAACGACAUGCCGCUGGCCGAGAAGCCUGAGUGUCCCCAGCCCCUGGAGGGGUGGAGCCCAGCACUGAAGACCCAGAACAAGCUGAACACCAGGCCUGGCAAGGUGGUCCUCUUCUCGGAGCCCGGUUGCCGUGGCAGCAGCAGGGAGGUCUGGGAAGACAUUGCUGAUGCCUCCGCCUGGGCCCAUGUAGCUUCCAUAAGGGUCGUUCGAGGCUGCUGGAUACUCUAUGAAGAACCAGAGUUCCAGGGUCAGAAGCUGGUCCUGCCUGAAGGAGAUGCGGAACUCAGAGCCAGCGGGUCAGUGUGGACUGCCCAAGGCAUCGGCUCCCUGAGGAGGGUUGUCCGGGACUACGCUACCCCACUGAUCACCCUGUACUCUGAGGAGGGCCUCAAGGGGGAGCAAGUGAAGCUCAAUGAAGCCUUGGAGAAUCCCCAAUGCCUGGAGGGGGCCCUGCAGGUGGCAUCUGCCACUGUCUCUGCAGGACUGUGGCUGCUGUACCCCAAACCCUACUUUGAAGGUACCCCCUGCCUCCUGGAGCCUGGAGAGUACCCCACCUCAGAGGCCUGGGGUAUAUCAGACCCCAGCAUGGGCUCAUUGAAACCCAUGAGACUGGGUUGCCCAAGCGUGGAGAAGCCAGGGGAGCCCAAGGCUGUGGUGUAUGAGUCUCCAGGCUUCCAGGGCCGCAGCUGGGAAGUGAGCCGAGACAUCUACAACCUUCAGCAGCCAGAGGACAGCCAGAGCCCCCACCUGGACUCAGUGGGGUCCCUUCGAGUUCUUGGAGGCUGCUGGGUGGGCUAUGAGAAGGCGGGCUUCCGAGGACACCAGUAUCUGCUGGAGGAAGGGGAAUAUGCUGACUGGUCACACUGGGGAGGCUAUGACGAGGUGCUGACCUCCCUAAGGGUCAUCCGGACGGACUUCGGGGACCCGGCCGUGGUGCUAUUUGAGGCCAUGGACUUCGAGGGGCACCACGUGGAGGUGAGCGAGGCAUUGCCGGACGUGGAGCUGGCGCGACACGGCCCCCACACGCAGGCCAUCCACGUGCUCAGCGGCGUGUGGGUGGCCUAUCAGGAGGUGGGCUUCUCCGGGGAGCAGUACGUUCUGGAGAAGGGCGUGUACCGCAACUGCGACGACUGGGGCGCGGGCAACAGCGCCCUCGCCUCGCUGCAGCCGGUCCUGCAGGUCGGGGAGCACAAUCUGCACUUUGUCUCAAAGAUCCAGCUCUUCAACGGCCCCGACUUCCUGGGUGAGCACAUCUCCUUCGAGGAUGACCAGCCCUCUCUGCCUCUCUCCUUUCAGCCCCAGUCCUGCCGCGUCCACGGGGGCAGUUGGAUCCUGUUUGAUGAGAAGAAUUUUGAGGGUGACCAGCACAUUCUUUCUGAGGGCGAGUUCCCCACUCUCACGGCCAUGGGCUGUCUGACCUCCACAGUCCUGGGCUCUCUCCGGAAGGUGCCCCUGCACUUUUCAGAGCCCUCCAUUUUCCUGUAUGGACUCGAGUGCUUCGAGGGGAAGGAGAUCGAGCUCCAUGGGGAGGCACGGAGCCUGCAAGCAGAGGGCUUCAAUGACCACGUGCUGUCUGUGCGGAUCAAGGGCGGCAGCUGGGUGCUGUGUGAGCACAGUGACUUCCGGGGCCGCCAGUGGCUGGUGGGCAGCUGCGAGAUCACCAACUGGCUGACCUACAGUGGGACCCAGCGCGUGGGGUCCCUCUACCCCAUCAAGCAGCGCAGGGCUUAUUUCCGCCUCUGGAAUGCGGCUCUGGGGGGAUUCCUGGCAGUGCCGGACCAUGUGGAGGACAUGAAGGCAGGCCGUGUGGUGGUCUCUGAACCCCAAGCCGGAGGCAGCUGCAUCUGGUACUACGAAGACGGGCUGCUGAAGAACCAGGUGGCCCCCACCAUGAGCCUGCAGGUAAUUGGGCCCGCCAGCACAGGCUCCAAGGUGGUUCUGUGGGCUGAGAGCCGCCUGCCGCGCCAGACCUGGAGCAUCAAUGAAUUGGGCCACAUCUGCAGCCAGAUGUUCGAAGGCCAGAUCCUCGAUGUGAAGGGUGGCCGUGGCUAUGACCGGGACCACGCUGUGCUGUGGGAGCUGACCAAGGACAGGGAGUCCCAGAUCUGGACUGUCCAUGUGCUUUGAACUUUUCCCCAACGCCCCAGCCCUGGAGGCUUUCCCUGUUUUUAUAUAUUUUUUGUUGUAAUAUAAGAUAUUUUCUAAUAUUCCCCCACGUAUCCU